GAAUUUGGGGCUGGACGGUAAGUCAAGCUGGUCUGUUUCUUCUCUAGGUGGCCUGGGCCUCUCCAACACCAUGUAUGCGCGGCUAGGGGAAAUCAUCAGCCUGGAUGCGUCGAUCGCCGUGACCCUGGCAGGACACCAGGCUAUCGGCCUCAAGGGCAUCAUCUUGGCCGGCAGUGAGGAGCAGAAGGCCAAAUACCUGCCCAAACUGGCAUCUGGGGAGCACAUCGCCGCCUUCUGCCUGACGGAGCCAGCCAGCGGGAGUGAUGCUGCCUCCAUCCGGACCCGGGCCACGUUAAGUGAAGAUAAAAGGCACUACGUGCUCAAUGGCUCCAAGGUCUGGAUCACCAAUGGAGGGCUGGCCAGUAUUUUUACUGUGUUUGCAAAGACCAGCGUUGUUGAUUCCGACAACUCAGUAAAAGACAAAAUUACAGCGUUCAUUGUAGAGAGAGACUUCGGUGGAGUCACUAACGGGAAACCUGAAGACAAGUUAGGCAUCCGUGGCUCCAACA